GUAGGACGGAUGGAAUAGACCGGUCAAGGUAUAAUGUUGAAUAAGAGGAUGUACUUGUUUUCUUUUACCAGGGAACUUAAAAAGAAAAGGUUGUCAAGAUGCCUGAGACUGGCGGCGCAUCAGUUGUUCCCAAGAAGGGUUUGACACUCGAUGCCCUCAUCGCGGCCAUCACCCGAUAUGAAAGGAACCCUAGCAACAUGCCAAAGGUCGAUACUUUCCAUUUCUGUGGGGAGAGAGUCUCAGAAUGGCUAGAGCGGGUGGAACAAGCUUUGGUCGGGCGGCCGGAUGUUGUAAAGUUUCAACGCAUCCUUCAGUAUGUCCUCCACAACUACCAUCAGGAGGUGAAGAAAGUCAUAGAUGAGGCUCAAGGUAGCUGGGAGAGGUUCAAGGAGGGGAUGCAAAGGAAAUACCGCCUGGGAGACGGGUUGUUGACUACCACGGAUCUUGAAGCGAUGAACAAAGAGGAUUUUACGACUAUAGGGGCCUUUGUUCAAGAAUUUAAGAAGAGGGCGCGGAAGGUCCAUGGGAUUUCGGAGGAAGCACAGUGCGCCAUCUUCCUGGGGCUACUCACAGCAUCGGAGGUCGUCGAAUUGACGAGACAUGGAGGAGGAAGCACUAAGCUCACCUGGGCCACCAUUGACAGAGGGAUGGAAGUUGGGUGCUUGGACCAGGUGGAACAACGUCAGGUACGCCUGCAAAGACAGAAGAGAAAGGAAAGAGAUGCGACCGCUUCUGGGACCCCGGGAGUAACAAGGAUUGUUACAGACGUAUUGGCACAGCUAGGGUAUGCGACAGAGCCAGUGGUGCAAAGAAGGGUAGUGACGGCUGUCAAAGUAAAAGGAAAAGAGUCAGUGAUAGAGGAGGCUGGCCAGGAGGAGCUCUGGGAAGAGGAAGAGCCGGUGCCGCAACACCUGACGAAGGUCCAGCGCAAAGUGCGUAAUUUGGCGCAGGGCGGACAGGGAUCAGGAAAAGCGCAGGCACCUCAACGGACAGUGGCCCUGGCCGGUGAUCAACGCAAUUGUGCCAUGGGGAAGUACGCCGCCACGCUUGGGCGACCCGGAGUAAAUGUGGUGGGGUCGUGCCCUCAACCAGGAAUGAGGGGGAGACCCCUCACUCCGCAAGCCCGGCUGGCACAGGCAGCGCGAACGAGGAAUCAAACCAACGCCAGUAACAACCAAGAGCCUCCAAGGGGGGAACACGAACCAGGGAGAAGGAAAGAGGCUGUGGAAGUAGAGGACGAUGAUGACGAAGAGGAAGAGGACGAGAGGCUCCGCAGAGAAGAGGAUCAGAGAGCGGAGCAGCGGGCAAGGAAAAAGGGGAUCAGGGGAGAGGCCGAACCGGUCAUACAGGACGGACCGCCCAAAAAGAAGAAAUGCGCGGUCCGGUUGGAAGAAGGAUUUGACGUAGAGAAGGUGAUUGACCGGCUGCUGGAAGGGCAUAAUGACCUCAUGACCCUGAAGGAAAUCCUAGCGUCAGCCCCGCGACUCCGCGAUGAACUGAAGGGGAGGUUAUCACGGCGUCUGGUGCCCAAUGUCCAUCUGGGUACGAUCCUGCCCAAGGAGGCAGAGUGGGCAGAGUCAGGUACGAAGAUGGACUGGAAGUGCGUAGCCUGCGGUACGGUGGAUUUGAUGGUGAAGGGUUCUAAGUGCGCAGCAAUGGUGGACACCGGGGCAGAGAUGAACAUUAUUCAGGAGGCGGACGCGAUCAGAUUCGGGCUGGAUAUAAACCGUUCUGACUGCGGCAUUCUGCAUGGAGCCAGUUGUAAGGCCAUGUCUGACUUUACGAAGACAGCCAUGCCAAGAGGAGGGAAGGGGACACGGCCGCCUCAGAGGCCGUUGGGCGCAUCAGGAGGAUAUGAGCGGCAUGGGUCUCGCCAUCGAGAGAGUACUCCAGUCUACAAUGAUGGGGACAUCGAGCUAUUCCUGGACAGUUUCAGGGAGCAUGCGAGGCGUAUGGGCUGGACUGUCGCUCAGGCGAUUGAGAGAUUGAGGGGAGCAGGUAGGUUCGARGAGCCCAUUGCCAGGAUUCGUAGGGAGGCGACGACGAGGCAGGAGGUGGAGAUAAGAAUGGAGGAAUUGCGACCCUCGCCUGUGGGACCUGAUGGCAGGCCGAUCCGCCURGAGAUUGGAAAUGCGUCGGACUUCAUCCCCGCGUUUGAGUGGUUCAUGCAAGAGCAGGGCAUACAGAGAGAUGAUUGGAUGCAGACACUACUACUCUGGACCAGGAAGGCGGAAAGGCCACUGGCUAUGCAGAUCAGGGACAUGGCACGAGAUUGGGAAAGCUGCAGGGCACAUUUGAGAGAGGCCUUUCGACGGCCAGAGCUCCCUCAGCCCAGAGUCGAGAGGCGGCAGAGGAGUCAGAGGCCGAGGGACCCCGAGCCCAGGGAGGCGAGACCAUCUCGAGGAGGACGGAAGGCCCUAGCCAGGAGAGAGCAGGAGGCAGAGGAUGAGGAGCGAGGGGCAUACCCUGAAUGUGGGUUGGGGCCAGUGGAGUUCCAUCGUUUUACUGAGGGUGGAUUGAGGAGGUCGCCAGCACACACACAGGGGGAGCCACSAGCGUCAGAGGGGCCCUUGAGGGAAUUGGAGAUGCAUUUAGAUAUUUCUCGGUGGAGGGCGUCGCUUCAGGGUGAGGGGCAUGGAGAGCAGUCAGAGGAGGUGUCAGGAGAGGAGGUGCCACGAGAGGAGGUACCACAGGAAGAGGUCCGGGGUACUCAGCGAGAGAGAGGGCUGGGCGAUGAGGGGAGACGUGCAGGGAAGGAAGUGAUAAAGGUUGGAGAGGACACGCCCCCACAGACGCCAGCAGUGGGUUUGAGACUCGGGGAUGCACCAGGGAGCACCCGGCAGGCGAAUGAGGGAUUGCAGAGAGAGGAGACCCCUUUGCCUUCGUCAGAAAAGGCUCCUUCGCUAGAAGGGAGGGCAGAAAGAAGGAGAGAGAGGGAAGCUGUAAGGAGAGAAGCUUUGAUCCUGAUUGAUAGGCACCUAGCAACUCAUGCCCUGGAGCACCCAGACCUGGAGGAGCCAGCACCUGCAGAGCCACGCCAGGAGUCAUGCCAGCCCGAGAAGGAGAUGGAAGCAGAAAUCCCAAAGAGGGUCGACCUCCGCACGAGGGAAAGGGUGUCAGCUGGAGAGACGGCUGAAGAAAAGAGGGCGAGACGAAUCAGGCGGAUAGAUGAGAUAUGGCAGGAGAGGCAGAGGUUGGAGGCAGCGGGGGAACUCCCGGAGCAGCAGCAGGAGAGGCAGAGAUCGGAGGCAGCAGGAGCACUCCCGGGUCAGCCACCCAGCGCGCCAGCCAAGGCCCCGGAGAUUCCUGAAAUGUGGAGAGACUUCUGGGAGCAGAGAGGAGAGGAGCUUCCAUCGUCAGUCAGAGCCGGGUUUGGGAUGACCUGGAAGGCGGAAGAAAGGUUAGAUCGUAAAAUCAAGUUCCUGGCCAAGACCACUUUUGACCGACACUUGUUAUUGGAGGGCGAUCUGGCGGGGAAGAAAAUGAAGGAAGCCAGCCAUGGAGUACGUCUGGAGGCUAUGGAGAUGGAAAUUCAGGAACUUAGGGCUUUGGUGGCCAGCCAGGCAGCUAUCAUUGAGAGUCUGAGGCAGCAAACCCAGGGAAAGGUGGACAGACCAGAGAGCAGCCGGCAGGGAGAGCAGAGGCAGCCAGAACAGGGAUUGCCAGGACAGCCAUCUGCGACAGAGCCUCGCCAGGAGCCACCUAUAGGGAGAGUUAUCCUGGAGCCAGAGGAGGCGAGAGCCCAGAGACAGGCAGCGAGAGAGGCGUUCGAGUUUAGAGCCCCUACUGAGCUCGCGACGCUGCCAGUGGCGGCGGCAGGCCCAGUCGUACCUUUGGCAGUAGAGGAGGGGCUGCCACCAUCUAGAAGUGAGCCGGCUCAGGCCUCGGCAGAGGGAUCCAUGGGCGUGCUCCUUGAGGCGGUGCAUACUAUGCAGGAGGAGCUUUCUGAUUUGGCGAAGCGACGGGGACGUCGCUUAAUGUGGUCCGGUAGCGCCACGGUGCUCAUGGCGCAUGAGUUAGAGUCGGUGUACGAUCCCGAGCCUGAUCCCAUGGCUCAGGACGCGAUGGAGGCCGAGCCGUGGUCCGAUCCGGACGACCUGGCCGUGGAGUCAGAGCCAGGAGGUUCUGAUGACGAUGACGACGACACUCCUCUCAACCAGAUUCCGCGUCCUCGCACACGUGCGUCCACGACGGCCGCUGCACCGUCUCCCGUAGCACGCCCUCCUUCGAGUGCUCCUGACGUCUCACAGCCAGGCCCGGCGGACCGUGUCGAGAGCAGUACGCCACACCCUUCGACCGAUCGUCGCGGACAGGGAGGGACUCGCGAGCGUGUCGACGAGGGAGACGAUGACGAUGGCGACGAUAGGGAGGGAUAUGAGGGCAGCAGUGAGGAUGAGGAUGAUCCCUGUUAUUCCCCAACACGCGGACAUGGUGACGACAAUGACGACGAGGGCGGCGACGGUGAACGGGCUGUGGGUGGUUUGCGGAAGUCCGAGAGACAGCGUGGCGACCGAUGCAGUGGUGCAAGCAAGGGAGGCAACCAGCCGGGUGUUGGGGGUGCAGGGCGCACAAGUGGUGCAGGGCGUGCUGGCACAGGAAAAGUAAGGCGAGAGUCUGCAUCGUCCACUCGCACUUUGCAUUGGGUUGAUGAGGAGAGGCCCGCUGAGGCAGCUGUGGUUGCUCCCUCCCCUAUGGAGGUUGCUCCCUCCCCUGCAGAGUUCGUUGCGGCGUCUGCAGAGGGUGCAACGGCGUCUGCGGAGGGUCCAGCGGGUUUGCGGGUGGUAGUGGCGAUGCUGAAGAGGUUGGGAGGCCAUCUGCACAGCACGGGCGACAUCAGUAGUAGCAUGGUGCAGGAGGCAGCAGAGGGGGCACCGGGUCGGUCGGGGCAGCACGAGCGGGCGACAGAGUCAGAGCAGGACAGGAUCGACUUCGAGGAGAGGAGAAGGGCGCAGGGGUUGGCUAGCCGCUGCGAGAUGACGCAGAGUGUUGCUUUUAGGACAUGUGUAGCGCGGAUGCUCGAGACGGGCGUUGAGGCAGGUGAUGCAGAGGGCGAGUGCGGCGUUGCGGGCAUAGGGGAUGCGGGCGAGAAACCUGCGUCGCCAAUUCAGGGUGUUUGCGUAUUGCCUUUCGGUGGGGCCAUGUCGGCGGGGGAGUUGGAGCGGCAGGCACGGGAGGACCCGUUGCAGGCAGAUCGCCGGGGGCGGAUGACCGAGGCGUCGAGGAGACUGAUGGCAGAGGCCCCGACUUACGUGCCUUGCAGCCCGUCAGUGCCAUCGUCCACCACAGGUGUCAGCACACCCGCAUAUGUGGAGGGCACAGUCACGGCAGAGGCGGUACGGGGCCCCUCGCCGACACCCGUCGGGGAGUCUCCUUCUCCUCAGCCACGGAAGAAGAAGAUGAGAGCAGGGAAAAGUCUUAGUACCGUGAGGAGAGUGACGCAGACGAUGCGGGCGAGUCAGCCUGGGUUGGCCGGUUUACAUCCGCGGACACGGGCGAUUUUGAGCGGGGACGUUGUCGCAGACGCAGCAGGAUGGCAGGAGAGGGUCUCCGACCGAGGGACGGAUCAGCCCAUGAGCGCACCUGCUGAGGCGGCGUUGCCACAUACUGCAGGGCGUACAGCGGGCACUGGCGACCACGCCGAGCACAGUGCGCCCCCCGGGAGGAGCAUGGCUGCACGUAUAUUGAGGGAGGAUGUGAGGGCAGCGACAACGCAGUGACCGUCACAGGUGCCAGUCGUUUGGGUGUCUGGCACAGACGAUUUGGAGAUGCCUUAUGGCCAGCGGAGGAGGGUUUUCGUGUACGAUCUUCUUCGACCACAGGGAGGGGUUGAGAUGGCGCCACAGGGGGAGAUUCAUGCUCCGGAUACUACGCACGCGCCGGCAGGCGGCACAGGUAGUGGGGAUGGUGUGACAGGUGUGGUGCCGCAGAGGAGGAGAAAGGACAUUGUGGACGACGAUGAUGCAUAGUUCCACCAUUAGUCUUCUUUCAUCCUCUGAUUCGUAGUAGUGUACAGUAUAUUUAGUGCUUAAGACGA